AUGUCCUCAGAAUCGGAGGAAAUCCCUCAUUUGAUAGCCAAUUGGUGGUUGCAAGAGCGUUUGGGCUCUGGAUACUCAGGAUCAAUAUUUAAAGCUAUCCAUGUUCAUACGGGCAAGGUUGUUGCUCUCAAGGUUCAACGUGUCGACCAUGAAUGUCCUACAAAUAGGUACGAACGAGGCUUCUAUCCAUCACUGCAAGGAGGGGUGGGUAUGCCAACUCUAUGGGCUUCUGGAGUCGAAGGGAUGUGGGAUUAUCUUGCAAUCGAUCUUCUGGGCUCAAGCUUGGAUAGCUUAUAUAGAAGGAGCGGUAAAGAGACGAUGGAUCUGCGGAGUGUUUGCUGUAUCGCUAUGCAAGUGAUAUCGAGGCUAGAGUUUAUGCAUUCGAGGGGCAUUUUACAUCGCGACAUCCAGCUGGGCAAUGCUACCAUUGGUUUACCACCAGAUGAAAAGACCAUUUACAUGAUCGAUUUUGGAUUCUCUAAACGAUAUAUCGAUGCUUAUACACAUCGCCAUAUCCCUGAUAGCAAGGCUAAACGCGAUUUCAUUGGGAACUACUGGUUCAGUUCGGUAGGCGUUCACUGUAGAGGAAAAGUCCCUUCACGGCGCGACGACCUCGAGGCCGUUGCACUAAUGCUAAUCCAUCUUCUCACCCCUCGUGGGCUCUCGUGGACACGGAACGGUGUCCCGAAAACGGAUGCUGCUCACGAAAUACUUAAACGGGAGAAACGACUGGCACGACCAGAGGAUCUCUGUCGAGGUCUACCCAACGAAUUCGAAGAGCUUUUGAGAUAUUGUAGACAGUUGAAGUUCCAGGAAUGCCCGGAUUAUCAACAGUGGAUCGAUGAGUUCAGGGAGUUAUCCGAAUCGCAUGGUUUUCCUUCCAGUUACGAUUUCGUAUGGCCUCCUCCAAAACCGGUCUCCACGAAACCAAAGAGCACAGUGACUGCAGCUGACGACCUCGCAAAUGUUCUAAAUGAUUUGGGUCGAAUGAACCUUGGCGACAACCAAACCUUGGCUGAUCGCACUAACGUUGCUCAAGCAGUUCGUCAAGCUAAACAAGAUGUGGGACAGGACUCAGACAAGCGCACCAUCACUAUCAGCAGUGACUCUGAAGGGCAAGAGAACGACACUGUUCCGCCUGCAUUUAUGGCACCAAAAGCGUAUAAAUUAGCGAAGUUGACGAACAGGACCUCAAGUGCGACUGAUAACGCUGCUCUCUCGGAACUGGUUCUGGAAUUCAUCAAGGUCAUGAAGUCGAACACGUCCCGCACAUUGAUCAAGGAUGGUUUUGCUUUUCUUGACGCCUUGAACAAACAGCUGGAAGACCCUUCGGUUUUCGUCGUUCCGAUGCGCACCCGCUCGAAGGACAUUUCUUUACAGACUGAGACAUCGAAUGCAAAGCUGGGUGUGGUUGCCCGACUACGGCGAGAAGUCGGGAACGCAAAAAGUAAUAGGCAGCUGGCUACAAUGGUCCAAGAUUUUGGUAGAGUGACCAAUCGAAGUAGUGGUCGGACAAUUACGAAGGAUGGUUUCUCUUUUUUGGAGGGUUUGGCACGACAGUUGAAGACCUUGCAGUAG